CGGAUAAAUUCAACAGAUUUUGAAAAACCCGGAGUGAAAGUGUAUAUUAUCUCGAAGAAUUUCGGAAAAUAUGUUAAAUAUGGAAAGUGCUAGUGUGGGUGCCUCCAUAGCGGCGGGUCUUAGCAAGACGCUAACAACGCCCUUUUCCAUCAAUGAUAUACUAACGCGUAGCAGCACGGGAAAUAUCGAGAAAUGCCGCAUUUCGAGUGUCGAUUCCGAGCCGGAGGAGACCAAAACGGCAAAUGACCAUACGCGUCCCACUUCUAAAUCUCCUCCAUCGAUCUGUUGUCGUGAUUUGAGUUUAUAUAAAUUGGGUAAACUGGGAUCAGAAUUGGAUACAAAUAGCCAACGGCAGGCCAACUAUUUGCAGUACUAUGUUGGAUCUCACCAUCAUCAUCAACAUCAUCAUCAGCACAUUCAUCAUCAGCAGGCGACAAGUGCCAGUUCCAGUUCCAGUGCCGAUUACUUGCCACGUAAAUUGAGUUAUUUUGGCAACGGCUCCUUGUCCGCUCCCCUUGACAUGCGACGUUGCACCAGCAAUGAAUCCGACUGCGACUCACCGCCGCCAAUGAGCAACUCACCGUCCGCCUCACCGCUGUCCCAUGAAGGUGGUGGCAGUAAUGCCCUCGGUAACCGCAAGAAACGUUCACGUGCCGCCUUCAGUCAUGCCCAGGUCUUUGAAUUGGAGCGCCGUUUUGCCCAGCAGCGUUAUCUCUCCGGUCCGGAACGCAGCGAAAUGGCCAAGACAUUGCGUCUAACCGAAACGCAGGUGAAAAUCUGGUUCCAGAACCGACGUUACAAAACCAAACGCAAGCAGAUCCAACAACAUGAAGCGGCCCUUCUGGGUGCGGCUACCAAGCGUGUUCCCGUCCAGGUUCUGGUUCGUGAAGAUGGCAGCACUGCCUACGCUCCUGCCCCACACAUGGCGCCUGGCGGUGGUCACGGUGGCUUGGAUCCUGCUCUCCUGAACAUCUAUCGCCAUCAAUUGCAAUUGGCCUACGGAGGAUUGCCGCUGCCACAGAUGCAAAUGCCGUUCCCGUAUUUCUAUCCACAGCCACAGAAAGUACCGCAACCCAUACCGCCCCCGAGUCAAUCCUCGGGAUUGAGCUUUGUCGUCAAUGGCUCAUCGGCCUCGUCGUCGCCAGUAAGACAUCAAGCCCCUGCCUCGCCCAACUGUCCGAGUCCUGGCCAGGUGAUGAGUGUGGAAAGCGGUCAGGAAAGUAAUCAAUCUGCUGCUGAAGAUUGCGAUGAGAAUGUGGAAAUCGAUUAGAUGGAUGAUCUUUCAUCUCAGUGGUUGGAGCUUAAGUUCUUGUGAUAGCCAAUAAAUGUUGGGCUAAGUUUCCGUUUCAAAUAUCCGUGCAUGGAUCAUGGCUAAUACGUACACAAACACAAACACACACACACACACACAAACACACACACACAAACAGAUAUAUAGCUUUAGUAGUUGUAAGUUUAUGUUUAA